AUGGAAGAAGCAGAUGAAAAAGGCGGCAAAAAUGUUACUGCAAUUCUCCAAAUUGACAUGCAUUGUUCUUGUGAAGGUUGCUCUGAAAAAGUUCUCAAAUGCGUUCACGAUUUGCAUGAUCUGAAUUCGUGGAUGAAGAUAGAGGAAAAUGGAGCGGUAUACAAGGUGACGAUGACAGGGAAAUUCGAUCCGUCGAAACUCCGGCAGAAAAUGGAGAGGAAAUUGAAGAAGACGGUGAAACUCAUUUCACCUAAACUGGAUAUUGAGGAAACUGAGAUCCAACAGAAGUAUAAAUGCAAUGAGACUACUGCUGUGUUUAAACUUCCUCUGAACUGCGACGCAUGCAACGAGAAGAUUCACAAAAUUAUCACUCGAACAAGAGGAUGCAGGAAUGUGAGAAUGGAUUGGGAAAAGAGUUUGGUGACGGUAACUGGGACAAUUGAUGUGAAAUCCUUGGCCGAAUCUCUGAGAUAUCACCUGAGGAAAGAUGUUGAAAUUUUAACCGUGAAUAACGGCGGCGGAGGAAGAGGCAUUUACUCGCCGGACUUUGAAUGCGUCAACCAGCGAUCAACUAUAUGCAGAUCGGUGACCGGAGAUUAUUUCUAUCCUGCAACAGAGGCGUUCAGUGAUGAAAAUCCAAAUGCUUGCACUGUUCUGUGA